AUGUCUUUCGAACUGAGGUUGCGUAAGAAGUUCUCGGACGUACCCCCUGAUGCCGAUUUAACAUCAUACGAGUUUGCUUUGGCUUUAGAUAAACGCGAUCAGUUGAGCUUUUUAAGAGAUGAGUUCCAUUACCCAAAAAUGAAAGAUCUUCCAAUCAAUUCAAAAAAAUUGAAUCUGACUUUCCUUACUGCAGUCGAGCCGUCCUUUGUGAAUCCUGAUGAGGACAGCAUCUACUUGUGUGGUAAUUCGCUUGGCUUAAUGGCAAAAAAAACAGAAUAUUAUAUGAAGCAGCAACUGGAGAAAUGGGCGAAACUAGGAGUUCUAGGUCAUACACUGGGACCACUGCCUUGGGCCCAUUGUGACGAAGCGCUUGUUGAUGGUGUUGCGAAAUUAGUCGGUGCAAAACCAGUCGAAGUAGUUCUCAUGAACAGCUUAACUGUGAACUUACAUUGUUUACUGACAGCAUUUUAUAAGCCGUCUUCAACGCGAUGGAAGAUCUUGUUGGAACAGAAAGCGUUUCCGUCAGAUCAUUAUGCCAUUGAGGCACAGAUUCGUCUACAUAAUCUUCGCGUGGAAGAAGCAAUGGUAUGCAUGGAACCUCGCGAGGGCGAAGACUGCUUAAGAAAUGAGGAUAUCAUCAAAUAUAUUGAGCAAGAAGGGUCAUCUAUAGCAAUAAUUUUAUUCAGCGGAGUACAUUAUUACACCGGACAAUAUUUCGACAUUCAAGGUAUUACAAAUGCGGGACACAAAAAGGGAUGUCUGGUAGCUUGGGAUUUAGCACAUGCUUUUGCUAACGUACCUCUUUUGCUCCACGAAUGGGAUGUUGAUUUCGCAGUCUGGUGCACAUAUAAGUAUGCGUCUUCCGGAGCUGGGGGAAUUGGAGCAGCAUUCGUUCAUGAGAAAUACAAAGAUGAUAAUCGCGAAAGGCUGACUGGUUGGUGGGGUCACAAAAUGAGUACCAGGUUUUACAUGGACAACAAAUUGGAACUAGAGGAAGGUGCAGCAGGCUACCGCAUCAGUACUCCACCAGCGAUGCUGACAGUUCCAUUACUUGCGGCAAUUGAUGUUUUUUCAAAAACAUCUAUGAGUGCUCUACGCGAAAAGUCAAUAUGGCUAACUGGUUACUUGGAAUUUCUCGUAAAAUAUUACUUAAGUUCUUCCUCACCAAAUAAAGUCCCCAAAAAGGUGUACUGUUCUGUAAUGACACCUUCGCGAGCAGAAGACCGAGGAUGUCAACUUUCUUUGAAAUUUAAUAUUGACAUAAGUAAAUUAUGUACAGAACUGGGAAAACGUGGAGUUGUGGUAGAUAAAAGAUAUCCGUAUGUGAUUAGAGUAACUCCGGUACAUCUGUAUAACAGCUUCAGUGAUGUUCACCGUUUCGUAACAGCUCUUCUGGAGUGUUUAAAUUCAUUAGAACAGAAGCUCCUCUAG